AUCUUUCCUUCCAGACUCCUGCUCCCUGCCCCCAGAUCCCUCCUCCCCGGUCCCUGCCUCCAGCUCCCAGCCUCCUGCUCCUUGCUCCCAGAUCCCUGCUUUCAGCUCCCAGCCCCCGGAUCCUUGCUCCCUGAGCCCUGCGUUCAUCUCCGGGCCCCCGGAUCCUUGCUCCCUGCUCCCAGAUUCCUGCUUCCAGCUCCUUGCUCCCAGCCCCGAGAUCCUUACUCCCAGCCCCCAGGUCCCUGCUCCCAGAUUCCAGCUUCCAGCUCCCCGCCCCCAGAUUCCUGCUCCCAACUCCCCGCACCCCAGAUUCCUGUUCCCAGCUUCGUGCUCCCAGAUCCCAGCCCCGAGGUCCCUGCUCCCACCUCCUUGCUCCCUGCUCCCAGAUCCCUGUUCCUUGCUCCCAGAUCCCCGCCCCCAGAUUCCUGCUCUCAACUCCCCGCACCCCAGAUUCCUGUUCCCAGCUUCGUGCUCCCAGAUCCCAGCCCCGAGGUCCCUGCUCCCACCUCCUUGCUCCCUGCUCCCAGAUCCCUGUUCCUUGCUCCCAGAUCCCCGCCCCCAGAUUCCUGCUCCCAGCUCCUUGCUCCCUGCUCCCAGAUCCUUGCUCUCAGCUCCCAGCUCCCCACCCCCAGAUCCCUGCUUCCAGAUCCUUGCUCCCAGAUCCCAGCUUCUUGCUUCCUGCUCCAGUUGAAUCAGCAAUUUGACGGCCCGGAGCCCGAGGAGGAGGGGGGCGAGAAGUUCUGGCAGGUGCCCCCUGCUUUGUUGCGACGUCUCCCGAUCAGCUGCCGGGGGGUUGAUUUUUUGUGACUUUUUGAAGAUGUCUCCAGAGCACAAGAAAGCGGAAUUUGUGAGCGUCUGGGUCCGAGAUCCCAGGAUUCAGAAGGAAGAUUUUUGGCACUCCUAUAUUGACUAUGAGAUAUGCAUUCAUACAAAUAGCAUGUGUUUUACAAUGAAAACAUCCUGUGUUAGAAGACGUUUUAAAGAGUUUGUGUGGCUUAGAGAACGACUUCAAAGCAAUGCACUGCUAAUACAAUUACCAGAACUCCCGUCAAAGACUCCCUUUUUCAACAUUAACAAUCGCCAACACGUGGACCAGCGUCGGCAAGGCUUGGAAGACUUUCUCAAGAAGAUACUACAAAAUGCAUUAUUGCUUUCGGACAGCAGGCUUCACCUCUUCUUACAGAGUCACCUAAGUUCCGAAGAUAUUGAAGCAUGUGUAUCUGGACAGACAAGGUACUCUGUUGCUGAAGCCAUUCAGAAGUUUGCCUCUUCGAACCGACGCUUCCCUGAAGAAGAUGAAGAGAGAAAAAAAGAAAAGAAUUAUGUAGAUUCUGACUCAGAAAGUUCAUCCUCUGGGCUUGGACACAGUAGUGAUGACAGCAUUUCACAUGGAUGUGAAAUAAGCACGGCUCCCCAAGAAUCCUGAAAAAUACAUUUUAUGUUACUGUUUUAGAAAUAGCAAAUUAUGUCCAUGUUAUAAAGAAGGGGGUUUGCUAACAAUAGGUACUUAUCAAAAGCUCCUGGUGAAAGAACAUUUUUUGUCAUUAGUUUCAAAACUCUUUGAUUUUUAAGAUUUAUCAGUGGUAUUCAGGUUUAUUACUUUGAUUUUGUGUAAUGUUGUUAACGUAUAUGUAACUGAAAAAUGUAAUGGAUGUAAUGAUUGUUAAUUAGGCUCUUCCAAUACUCUUCCAUUACAUUUUUUUUUAAGAUACAAAAUCUUGUUGCAGUUACUUAAAGGAAACAACUGGCAUAUACGUGCAUUUAAAAACUAAGCCAAAAUAUCUUCACUUCUGUAACAUGGGAGUUUCAUUCAGAACACAUUUGAAGUCUGCAGUAUGAUUGUGGAGAAUAUAAUAUAGUCACUGUUUCAAAGAGUGUUAAAUGUAAACCAGAUGAGAACUGUAAAAAUAAAAAUGUGGCUAAUGUUUUGUGGCUUCCACUUCUGCGUGGGGUAAACAUUUUUGUACAGCACAAGGUGUUUUGUGUUGAAAUGUUUUAAAUUAAAGAUAGCUAACCUCUCCUAAAAUGCUAUUUAUCAAGAGACAGAAUAUACAACUUAUUACUGCAGGCAUGUAUUAAAAAACUGGUGACUUCCAAAUGAACUAAAUUAAAUAAUAUUACUAAUUUUAUUCCUACUUGUAGUCAAGCAGUCUUAAUAUAUCUUCUCAGAGAUUGUUUGAAAAAAGCAUGUUUGAAUAUUAAUAUUUAUUUUUAUUAUGCAGUUUGCACGGUAUGUUGUAUAACUCAGGUUUCUUUACUCUAGUACAUCAUAUUUCGUGGUAAUAGAAAUAUUUCAGUGCAUGGAAGGUGAUCAGUUAAUAUUGAUCUGCUUAAAGACAUAGUUUCUACAAAACAUCAGUGGGGCCUUUUAUGGAAAAGUACCAUGAUAAAGUUUAAAAAUUUUAAUUUGCAUUUCAGAAUUAGACUAGAGUGUGGUCAUCGUUAAAAACAGGGUGGAAUUUUUUGUCUUCUUCCUUUAAAGGCUUGCACCUGAGAACUGGUGGAAUUUUAUAAACAUGUCCUUUAAUGGCCACUGGAUAACAUCUCUUUGGUGGCUACUUUGAGCUACCAUUUUCUGUUGAUGACUGCACUUUCAUUAGAUAAUAAUCUAAGUUCCUUUUACUCACUUUGUUGAAUUGCACAAAAUAUCUUUUCACAAUCUCUGCUUGUCUGGGAGACUAGAAAGCAGAUAUUUCCAUAGAACUGGGAUAACUUGUUGCUUUAAUUAAGUGUUGUCAGUCCUUUUUUGAAGCUAGUAGGAGUAUAGCUGCAAAAAACCCCAGCCUUUCCAUUUCAUUUCAACCCUUACUUAGUUUUUUGGCAUUAAUAAACAACUACCUGAAAGAUAAACAUAAAAACUAAAGAUAGAAAUUAUUUUUUUUAAUUUCUCCUUCUAGCUUCAGUGUUUGGCCUAAAACAAUAUUAGAUUUCUGUCUGUAAUUUGAUUUAGAGUGGUUUGGGUCAUUUUACUGGAUAACUGAGAAUAGGAAAAUUAAGGAGCUUCUUUGAAUUUACUGAUUAGGUGUUACACUGUUUUGUUUUGCUUUUAAUAUAUGUGUUUGCAGGUACUGUUUUAUUUGCGGAAACAUUGUUUUAGAUAACUUUUAUGUAGACAUCAAGUCUGAGGUUUUAAAUAUUUAUAAUACUUUGUUUAUGUGGAUCCUAUUUGCUAAACAGUACAUUUUGUUUUCAUGUUAAGCAUUGGAGAAAGUGCAUUUGAUCGUUUGGCCUACUUGCACAUACUAAGAAAAUAAACACCAAUGUUUUGGAAUUCAUUUUA